GCUGACGUCUUCAGGGUUCGCGGGGAAAUAGACGCUCUCAAGAGGCUGUCUCAUCCAAAUAUCUAUUCCCUCUACCAGGUGGUCGAAACUGACACUUCCUUUUACCUCAUUGUCGAAUACCUACCCGGUGGUGAACUGUUCGAUUAUAUUCUCCAAAAGGGCAGUCUCGGCGAGCCCGAGGCACGUUCCAUCUUUCGCGAGCUUGUCUCAGCCAUAGGAUACGCUCACCAAAAGGGCGUAGCCCAUCGCGACUUGAAGCCGCUCGCUGAGUUGAUUUGCUGGCGGUUCAAUGAAGUCUUCAAGGUGUCAUUUUGGCGUCGGAUUUGGUCUCCGACCGUCUACGGCCUUGAUCACUGCGAACAAUUAUUUGAUUCGUGGUCCGCAUAUCCUUGGAUCUACUCGAUGCGUCGUUUUCGUCAAACCAGUCCCGAUGUUGACGAUGUACGCAUCCGAGGACAUCUCGGGCGGUCGAGUGAACCGCGUCCCGCAGUUGGCAUUGGUGAGUUUCCACGGUAA